CUAGAGGAACUGCAGACACAGCAUGGUGACCAUAAUCUUGUUACCCCAUUCUACAACGAGCAGCUCUUGAAGUAGUUCUAGUUCGUGCAUGUGCACAUCGAUAGUUGCUCAAUGCCAUUCCCUUUCCCCCAAUUAAGUUCUUCUUCUUUGAGUACCUACCCUUUCUGCACCUAAACUCUAGCCCAACCCGUGUAAAAAAGAAGUAAUUAGAACGCACCUGGGCCUACUCCUAAACCCUUCUAGAUUUUUUUGACACUACUCUAAAAACUCAAGAAGAUGAUGGAUCUUGGUAACUUGCUUGCUGCUGCGCAGCGUAAGCCUAUGGGCAUGGAUGACCUGAGGCGCGCCGGUGACGAUUUCGGUAAGCUGAAGGGAGUGGGGAACGAAUGUUUCAAAGAACGCAACUAUGAGUUGGCCAUAAAAGCUUACACGAGAGCAGCAAAGGCAGCGGCAAACGACGUUGAUAGGGGGACGAUUGCGAGCAAUACAGCGAUGGCGAUGUUGCAGAUAGGACAGUUUGAGGAGGCUUUGAAGCAGGUACUUUUUUACCUGGGACGUUGUCGUGCUGCACUUCAUCUCUACCCCUACACCUCGUUUUUCUGAUAGUACAUGAUGGCCGCCUCCAGAUCAGGCACUUUACUGUUAGAAGAUCUUGACAUCUUCCAGCACUGUUCUCUUUGCUUCAAGGCUUAUUUCUAUUCAUCACGAGGACCUCUUAGUUUUAUCGAAACAACUAAGAGGCCCUAUCUUCUUCAGUCACUGUUUAUCUGCACCUUUCAUCAAACAAAAACUCAAGUUUCCCGGAGGUACCCUCCUUUGACCAUUGUUCUCAACAGAGCAGCUCUCACUUGAUCCAACUAAGUACACUUGUUCUACUUCUCGACGUCGACACCAGGCUGAAGUUGCGAUAAAGCACCGACCUGACUGGGAGAAAGCGUAUUUGAGGAAGGUAGUGGCCCUAAUUGGUCUGGAAAAAGCGGAUGACGCAGAGGCUGUGCUAAACGAUACGACAGUGUUUCCGAAGGAUACGGAGGAGGUAGUUUACUUGUGAUUAUUCAGAAAUACUGUCAGACCACGUCUCUACGGUCACCAUGAACGGUGAUAACAGGGACAACAGCAUGCAUCCUUGAUCGGGAAUAUCAUGGUUGCAUUGUCCUCUUAGACUUUGUCAUUUUCCCUGCAAAUCCAUGAUUUAUAGUUCCUGACAUCCUCAACACCAAAACAGACUACCGCACUAAGGGAGCAAGUCGUAGUUGCAAGAUUACCAUGGAUCGAGGCGCAACCGAAUGUGUGGGUGAAGUAUAUCACUGGGAAACGACCUGACGACAGCUUGCUCGAAGACUUGGAUAUUGUUUGGGUACAUCAAUGUGAAUACAACUGGAACAAGUAGUAAGUGAGUACAUCAUUCACAACAACGAACGACUAGAAUACACGACAUCCAAAGAAAUCCCACACCCACAGCACUCCAAAUGUCAACAACUCAGACCCACUACCGAGUCCUCGACCGCAAGUCUCGGGAAGUUCUCCACUCCACCCGAUGGUCCUUCCCAGUUCCCGGUCUGGCUUCUCCCGGAGAAAGCGCCGAAGCACAGCCAGAGAGCAUCACACUAGCGGAAUACAACUGCGAGGAUGUAGUGGAUAUGAUUCUGCGGAGAUUAGAAGACGGCGGCGAAGCCUUCGUGAAAAUAACUGGGCCAUGCAGCUUCUACCCAGACGUAGCCGGCGACGCGAGUUCCUCCUCGACAGCUGGUGGGGAUGGAAGUGCGAACGACAAGACGUUGGGGCCGAACGAGACGGCUGGCGGGAGUAGCAGCAGUGGUGCUGGGGGAGGUAGCAGAAAUUUCUUUUUCGCAUGUGGUAGUGCUAGUACAAGCACAUCAACCUACUUGUUCAUAACUAGUCUGGAGGACAUCAUCUUGAUCUUCUCUAUUUCUUCAAGUAGUUCAACCUUGAACCUUCACCUUCCAAUCACACCAUCUCACAUCUUAUCGUCCACCAGCCGCCGCAUCCCGACCGCAACUGGAGUUUCAAGUCACCCUAUACAAGCACGAGAAGUCGCCAAAGGAGCCAACUGGUGGCCUCAAGGAUGUCGCUUUUGAUGUGCGGCGUGGAGACAGGUUCUUGAAAGGUGCAUUAGAUGGUAAAGAAAAACUGGACACUUUCGAUCGAUCAAAAGCAAACGCGGAUCAGAGCAAGGACCAAGCACUAGAGGUAGCGUGGGGAGCCAAGAAAGGAGGAUUUUUGGCUGUGAGAAGGUAGUGACUAAAAAUUUUGAUGGGAGUUGGACGAGGAGGCAAUUUUUUCAUUAAGAUAAAGAAUGUUGAUGAUAAAGAUGAUCUUCACCCUUCUCAUCAUGAUGAUCUUCACCAUUCACAUUCUCAUGAACAAUCACUCUGACUCGUCCGAUCAUCAUUUUUAUUAACUACUAUAGCUCAAAGAAAAAAAGUAUUCUACUUGUUGACACGGUAAUAUUCUUUGUCACUGUGUUCUUUGUUUUGAGUUGCAGUUUUCAACGUUACCUCCUCAAGCAGUGCGUACUGUUUUUAACUUACUAAGUAGAAGAACGAUAAAUGUCCAGGUUCCGACGAGCCCUGGACUUCUUAGACCGUCUGAAAAAAGGAGACGAGGAAUUAGCCAAUUCCACGGAGUUCCGAAAGCUCUCCGACAGUGCCAAAUUGGGUCUAUCCCGGUCUCUAGUCGUCGCACAGCACGUUUUCGGCGUAGAAAAAGCAGAUCAAGGCGACUUCGGCAGAGACUUGGUUCACUUCCUAGAGAAGAAGGGACACAAGUCAGCAGCAGAAGCAGGAGUCUCAGAGAGAGAUUUAGAGGAAGCUUUGGAAUUAGCAGACUCAGCGAUACAAGCAGCGAUGACUGCGAAUGGCGAAGAGAAGGGGGAGCAGAGCAAGGCACCCGUGGAGUUGCAUGUGGCGAAAGCGGAGGCUUUGAGUACUUUAUCUUCAAACAUACACAUAUUUUUAGGCUGUAUGAGUAUGUUGAAUGAUGUUGAUAUUUCUAUUGCAGUCGUGCUAGUGACAAUUACCUUACCGUUAUAACAAAAAACAGAAAUUAUAAGUCUAGAUAUGAGCUUCCUUUUGAGUACUUAUCGUGAUCGUCCUGUCAUCAUCAAAACUCCCUUUCCCUCACCCAGAUGCCCUCGGUCGUCUGGACGAAGCUCUUGCCGCAAUUGAGGUUGGAUUCAAAUCCGACCCAAAGUCGGAAUUGCUCCGUUCCGAACGUGCUAGGAUUAACCUCAAAGUCAAGAAAAACGAGUUCGAAGACAAAGGCGUCAUCGUAGAAAACAUGAAGGCCGAGCUCGACAAACACGUUGUCGAUUGCCAAGACGAUGCAACGAGGGACUUUGUGCUUAUCCGCAAGACCAUGCUCACCCUAGGCGAGAUGUGCGACAACAACGAAAUAGCAUGGGAUGCAUUGAUGAAAAUCAAGAUCGGCAAAAUUAUGGCUUACAACAUUACAUAUACAUCCUCCACUAACAUUCUUGACCUUUUGCUUUUCUCAAGUAAGUAGAUGAAAAUAAUACAGGUCAAGGACGAUGUUCUAGGUCUGAAGAAUGUAAUGCUAAUGGUGCAACCUCUAACCAAGCCAUAGGCUUAGUUCAAAAAGCCGCUUGGGCUGGCGCAGUUGGCGAUAUCGAGAAGAAGCAACUUGUGGAAAAGCCAGGUGAUCUAGAAGUGGGAGAAAUAGAAGAGGUCGCGACGCUGAACAGUUUGGCGACAAAACUGAUCCGCAAAUUUAGGGACAUGGCCGAGAGAAAUCGCCCUUUGUGGGCGUAAGAUGAACAACGUGUUAUUUUUGAAGGAGGAGGGUCUUUCUCGGCUGUCGUUGUCUGCAACGGCAUUUUACGGAAAUCAAGCCCUCUCCUAGCAAUGAUGUUGUAAUGAUACGACAUGACGCCGGCUCGUCAAGAUUGAACACAGCUUCGAUUUAUCUGCUUCGAUUUAUGAAAGUCAACAGACAAUGAGUCAAUGAAUUUUCCUAGGUAGAAGCAGGUACCGCGACUAUAUCAAUGAUACCAAUCUUCUUCACCAUCGCUCUUUCUUUGUGCCCCUAGCUUUUCCUCCGACCUUCAUGCGAGAUGAAACAUAUGUAGAAAAAGUUUUACCGAUAUGUACUUUGGUAGAGCUAAGUUCGUCUACGCCGGUCCCCCGAUCGACCGCGUCGUCGGCAUUGGGGCAGAGAGUAUAUAAAGAAAAAAGAUGGAAAGCACUUGUAUUGCUAUAAAAGAGGCACCAUGUUGACAUGACAUGAAGCCUCCUGGCCCAGCCAAACCCCUGAAAAACCGAACACCCAAAUGAAAUCCCGACCUGACGAACUUGUUAACCUUAAUGAUCCGCUAUAAUGACUUUUUCACUCAAGGAGAACAAAAUGGUAUCGACUGCUUUGC